AUUCCAAAACAGUAUCUACACUUCGAGUAGCAGUGGCAGAAAUGAUAACCAUCGACUUUCAAAAUUGUUUAAUCUUAAUACUCUUAUGUUUCUUCGCAUUCCUCUAUUUUUGUCUCUUCUUCAAAAAACCAACGUAUAGCGUUGAUCUGCCUCCAAGCCCUCCUUCUAUUCCAAUCAUCGGUCAUCUUCACCUUCUCCUCUUUUUUCUACCCCGCAAGUUUUUUUUUUAUUUUCUACCCCACGAGUCUUUGCAUACACUGUCCUCCAAAUAUGGACCUCUCCUCCAUCUCCGCAUUUUUAACUUUCCCAUCAUCCUCGUCUCUUCAGCCUCUGUCGCCUACGAGAUCUUCAGGGCCCAUGACGUCAAUGUUUCAUCUCGCUUCCGUACGAACGAGGGGUCCUUCCUCUUAGAAUACUUUAAGUUCAUGAAGAAACUCAUUGUUACAAAGCUGUUCGGACCUUAUGCACAAGAACAGUCGCGAAGUAUCCGCGCAGAUGAGCUAGAGCGGUUCUACUUGAACCUGCUGGAUAAGGCGAGGAAGAAGGAGAGCGUUGAGAUUAGUAAGGAAGCGAAGAUGCUAAUAGGCAACAUCAUUUGCAGGAUGGGCAUGGGAAGGAGUUUUACAGAGGAGAACAGUGAAGCGGAGAGUUUCCGAAGUUUGAUUACAAAAUCAAUAAAUUCGACGAAGUUGAUUUUCUCGGCACUGCUGUUAUUUAAACAGCUCGAGAAGCUUGGGAAUUUAUUAUUCAAGAAGAAUAUAACGGCUACUUUCACAAAGUUCGACGAGUUCCUAGAGAAGAUUCUUGUGGAACACAAAGAUAAAGACAUCAAGGAUCAUUGUCCGGAUAUGAUGGACGUAUUGUUGGCAGUUCACGAAGACGAAAACGCCGAGUACAAGAUCACUAGGAACCACAUCAAGAUGCUUUUCAUGGAGCUUAUUUUUGGAGGCAUUGAUACCUCGAAGAACACAAUACAAUGGACAAUGGCCGAGAUCAAUAAAAAUCCUAUUAUUGUUGAGAGAUUGAGAAAAGAAAUUGAUUUUGUUGUAGGGAAAUCAAGGUUGAUUCAGGAAACAGAUCUACCAAAUCUCCCUUACUUGCAAGCUGUCAUCAAGGAAGCACUAAGAUUGCACCCGCCGAUACCCCUCAUACCAAGGGAAUUUCAACAAGGAUGUAAGGUAGGAGGGUUCUUUGUAGCAGAGAAGACAAAGCUUCUAAUUAACCUUUAUGCUGUGAUGAGAGAUCCAAAUUUCUGGGAAGACCCUCUUAAGUUCAAGCCAGAGAGAUUUUUAACUUUUCCAAGAUCAGAGCAAGAAGAGGAGAGAAAAGAGCAAGCAUUGAAGUAUCUUCCUUUUGGCGGCGGAAGGAGAGCAUGUCCUGCUUCAAAACUAGCUUAUAUGGUAGUAGGAACAACAGUAGGAAUGAUGGUGCAAUGCUUUGAUUGGAGAAUCAAAGGAGAGGAGGUCAACAUCGAUGAGUGGCUUAAAGGAUUUAAUCUAGCCAUGGCACAUCCACUUAAGUUGACUCCUGUAACUAGAAUAUCCACCCUUGACUUGAAAACGUCACUGAAGUUGCAGACAUAACAAGGGUAUGGUUAAUCCUCAAAAAGUAAGGGAGAGGACAAGCUCUCUAUUAGUUGUGCAUCUUCUCCAUGUACCAUAUAUAUAUAUAAAUCUUUUCCCGUGUUUUUAUCAUGGUUUAGUUGUAAUUCUCUUGUUUCGUGUCGGAAACUGUGAAACGUCGUGUACCUACUAUUGUAGCAAAAAUUACACCAGUUAAAAUUGAUAAAUAGAAAUAACUUGAAGGACA